CAGAUGUUGAAGGGAUGCUGGCAGAAGGGGAACAAUCAGAAGUGUCACCGAAAGGAUCCAAAGAGGAGGCGGAGCAAAGGAAGCUGAGGCUUCAAGAUGGAGGCAGCAGGCAAGAGGGGAGGCGAAAGCAGAAACCAGAGGGUAAAUCAAGUUCUGGUGUCUUUUGAGGAAGUGGCAGUAUAUUUCACCAAGGAAGAGUGGGCACUCCUGGGUCCAGCUCAGAAGGCUCUCUACAGGGAAGUCCUGCUGGAGAAUUAUGAGGAAUUGGCUUCUCUGGAAGGGCCUCUGUUUCCUCAACCUCGCCUCAUCUCCUGGUUGGAAGAAGAGGAAGAGGAAUUUGUCCAGAAGAAAGAAGCAGGUAGUCGAAAAUGCGGCAGGUCCUCUCCUCUUUGGGAUGAAGUGGAAGGAAUGGCCCUCCCUUCAGCUCAGAGUUUGGUGUCCUUUGAGGAGGUGGCUGUGUACUUCACCAGGAUCGAGUGGGCUUUGCUGAAUUCAGGCCAACAAGAACUCUACAAAGAUGUCAUGCUGGAUAAUUACAGGAACUUGGCCUCUCUGGAAGGGCCACUGAUGCCCCAUUCGGACCUCAUCUCCUGGCUUAAAGAAAAGGAAGAGUGGUUGGGCCAGAAAAGAGAGGCAGAAGGGUCUCUGAUACUCCAAUCAGACCUCAUCCUCUGGCCUGAAGAAAAGGAAGAACUGCUGGUCCAGAAGGAAAUGGCAGAAGGGCCUCUGGUGUCCCAAUUGGACCUCCCCCGGUUUGAAGAAAAAGAAGAGUUGUUGGUCCAGAAGAAAAGGACAGGUAAGUCCUUGGAUAUAGAAGAUGGAUGAGAGAAACCCUGUGGU